AUCUGCAACGGUAGAAGUGCCGAACGCCCCGCGCUUCUCGCUCUUUGAAUCCGUCCCACCCAACGGCCGCAACCCAAUUCAACCAUUCAUCCACCACGACUGGAGGCGCGUCUCCGGCACCGAUUGACCCCCGCGCCGUGUGCGCCCACCGUAGGUAGCCAGGACCGGCUGGCGCGUGGCGGGGCGGCGAUGCAAUCCUCGGCCGUCCGCGCCACCCCGCAGUGGCUGCGUGGCCUGCUGUCGGAGGAAUUCUUCGACGCGUGCGCCGUGCACCCGGCGGAGCGCAAGAACGACAAGAACCACUUAUGCGCCGACUGCGCCGCCGCCCUCUGCCGCCACUGCCUCCCGCACGAUCCCUCCCACAACGUCCUUCAGAUUUGGAAGUACGCGUCCUGCUUCGUCGUCCGCGUCGACGACCUGAAACUCUUCGAUUGCACCGGCAUCCAGUCGCACACGGUGAGCGAUCACGAGGUGGUGUUCCUGAACGAGCGCACGGCGAGGAAGCGCUCGGCUUGCGCGGAGAACCCCUGCGCCGCGUGCGCCCGGCCGCUCUCGUCAGGGCACGACUACUGCUCCCUCUUCUGCAAGGUGAAGCAUCUGGGGGAGAGCGAGCGGGGGCUGAGAUGCGCGUUACGCGUGAACAGGAAGGCGGCGGCGGCGGCUGGUGAGGAGGCUGCCGUGUCGGAGCCGCAGAACGGGAAGCGGCCGAGGGCGGCGUCGUCAGAGGCGGGGCCGAGCUGUGGCGGGUCGUCCGGUAAGCGGAGCCGGAAGCAGCUAGCGCCGGCUCGCUCACCAUUCUGUUGAGGAAGUGGGCCAGGCUGGUGGACCUUACACGUAUUCCCCGGUAGUUCAAUAGUUGGGCUGUUGUUGUCAUUUACAUUUUUUUUUAUUUUUUGAAUGAUGAAGGGUUCAUUUUUUUCAGAGGCUGAGAAAAAAAUACACCUUAGCGCCAUAUUGUGUUGAUAUCUUCAGCAAUUACAUUGGCUAAUUUUAGUAAAACCAGCAGGUAAAUUUGCAGGAA